GGUUUGUUAUAAUAAUAUAGCAUAGUUUCCCAAGAAAUGCCACAAUCGAUUAAAGAUGACUGACACUGAAGGAUAGAUAAUUAUAGAUAAUAAGUUAAAGCUUGAAGAAUAUAGAUGAUAAACGUUGAUUAUUGGAACAAAUGACAUCCUUACUGGCUUCAGUCACUAGGAUAAUAAUCAAAGGGCAUGCGCGGCUGCCAUACAUAGGCGGAUAGAUAAAAGGAGGGGAAUAUUGUGGAAUGAAGAAGCUCAAUGAAGUUGGUACCAUCGCUAGCAUAAGUUGGGUGGACAUUUUCACUGCUAUACACAUUUGUGAGAAGAUACUGAGAAGAUACAGUAUAUGUGUACUAUCAUUGGCAUUUCGUACCCAUAAUAUGUGAGUGUGUGUGAGUGUGGCAGAGUACGAAUUCUUAGGAUAAGGAACAUAGCAUUAACUCGGAAAAGUGAAGAAAACGUGCUCAUAUGAAUGGCAGAUACCCAUGGAAGCACUUUACGCUAUUGAAUCAGUCCUAUCCAUUAGAAAUUGACUAAUAUCCUACCGUCAGCUCUGAAAUCGGAAUAGACAGCUUUAACGGAAACACAUAGUGAAAAAACAGGCAUCGUGAGAGCAACCGGAUUGUCUGUGUAAAAUGCUUAUUCGGUGGAAAAGUAAAGACAAAAGUUCAACAUCAACAUCCUCAUCAUCCACAUCCAAGAAGAAAAGGAAAGGGCGAGAGCUAGAGGAUGACUGGCAAAAUGAUAAAAGUAAUAGAAACCAACCCAACGAUCAAGGAGUGGACGACAGGCGGCGAUCGGCACGUGGUCGCGAGGAUCCCCGUCGACACACACUUGGAGGAGAUAUGCUGCAAUAUCAAGCUCAAACGCAGGCGCCGAACAUACAGCGAUCGCUCGACUUUGAGACCCCACAAAUGCGUGUUUACACCCCGACAAAUCAGGGCCCUCUGUUUGACGAUGAUCCUGGAAUUAUGUCCGAGGCCGAAACGGCUAGUACAGGUUUUCGUCGAGGAGGAAAGCAACGAUCAUCACUGCCGGUUGUUAGAACGCCUUCCAAAACGCUAGAACGACCAUUGGGACUUGUAUUCCUACAGUACAGGUCGGAGACGAAGCGAGCCCUGCUGCCUAACGAGAUUACUUCUAUCGAUACGGUACGCGCGCUGUUUGUACGUUCCUUUCCUCGACAGUUAACCAUGCAGUAUCUUGAAGGACCCAGCGUGAAGAUCUACAUACAUGAUUCUAGUAAAGACAUGUUCUAUGAAUUGGAGGAUGUUAGAUCACACCUCCGUGAAAUUCGGGAUAGGUCGGUGUUGCGGUUGUUUGAAUCAAACGAAGUGAGUGCCCCACAAGUACUGCCAGGUGGGCAAAAUAUUCCACAACCACUUCAACCGGCCCCUAUCUCCAGCCAAUGGGAUCAGGAACAGAACUAUUUUAGUGAACCGGAAUUCGACUCAGAAUUUCAACAUCAGCACAUUCAUAAAAGCAAGCAACCAACAAAAACCCCAUACUAUGUCGGUACCACCCAGACUUUACCUAGGGGAAUGUAUUCGGACAGAAAUAAAGGCACUACCGGGGUUUCUUUAAAACCAAUUCGUUCUUACGGGUCACGCAGCAACAUAGCUGCUCCAAUUCCAUACACUACGGAGCAGUUGUACAACAUUCCAGAUGGUUACAUGAGCUCUCCAGAGCGAGGUGGAACAUCAAGGGGGGCUUACGAAGAGCCUUACUAUAGCCAGUAUGGUACUCGUGCUACUACUGUGGCGCCAAUUAUAGAUGAAGAGCAAGGGGACAUAUCCAUCGCAGACGAUCAGUAUGCUAUGUACGGUGUGAAAAAUGUCGGUCGCAUACCGCGAGUUAUACAAAACCAAAUGUAUGAUCAUACAACAAGAUCUGAAGACCUCCACAGAAUACGGGUCGAACACAUGGAACGGCAGUUAGCAAACCUUACGGGACUGGUUCAGAAGGCCCUAACUCAAAACCCAACAAUGCCAUUAGUUAACAACAACCCUAAUAUUCUAAACAUCCCUGGACAAUAUCGAAAUGCUGAAACUACUGGAGAUGGUACGAUUUGCACGCGCGACAAACCGCCAAAAUUGGGAAAAUCAACAUGUCAUAAAUCGGUUUCGUUCGAAAAAUCUGUUUCAUUUAGCGACGACAUUCAAGGUGUACCAAAGUCUCAUAGUCCACAACAUUCUGCGGAUUCAAAACCACCUAAACCUGCAAUUAAAUCAUCCACCUUACCGAGAACAUCAUCUCAAGAACGAGACCGCUUGAAACCUCCACCACCACCAAAACCGCUGGUUAUGAUUUCAGGCAAUCAGUAUCGUACAGACUUGACACUCGCACCUGAAGUAUAUAAUCAGUUACGCGGUUUGCAGAAGAAGGCUAUGGACCUUCGCACGGAUGUACGUACUCUUCGACGACUGACACAAACCCAAGCAGUUGCUGUUCGGGAGGAUAUUAAGGAUACUUUCAUGAGAAUACGUGCUACAUUGCUAUCGAACACCGGUUUUGUUUGGGGACAAGGCGACAAAGAACUUACAAACCUUACCAGGGAAGAAGAAAUCUAUAAGCAGGAAGUUAUACGUUUGGAGAAAGAUUUGGCUGAUUUAGAAUCAUCUGUAGAAGGUUUACGUGGAGAAGUUAUCAACAGACGAACUCGUGUCAAUAUGGUAGCAGUUGAAGAUAUGGCUCUGGUUCUCAGUCGGGCAAGCAAAACCGUUGCGGAACUGAAAAUGCGAUUUCCAGUAUUACAACAAGGAUUGCGUAAUCUGAUAUCAAGCGAAAUGGAACGUGUCUGUCAAGAAGAAGCCUUUCUUAAAGACGAGCCCGAUCGUCUGGAAAAUGCUCUUAGGCGUUGUAAAAAACUAACUGGAACACUUGUUACACUGAAAAGGCUCGCUAGCGUCCAAGAACAACGGUUACCUGUCCCUGAUACAGCCAACGCAGAAGAGGUGGUGAAGCAUCCUGAACCGCACAACAACGUUAAUAAGCCAGUCCCAAGUCCCCGUUUGGGGACAGUCGUUGUCAGUGGAGGAAUCGCCCCAGAAAACGCACUCGAUGCUUUGCUAGAUGAAUUGCAAACAUUUGCAAAGCCUCCAAAUGGUGUUAACGACCACCGUCCGGAUGAUUCUACGUCGGAUGAUAGUUCCCAGACGCUACAGAAUAGUAUUACGACUAAGACUUCUCAGACACAGCUCUACCCAGCGGAAUCCGUUUCGGCAAAUGUCGGACUGCGGCGUCUUCAUUCUUAUCCGAGCGGUUCAGAUACCGAUACAAGCCCACCACAGCCAAACCGUCCGACUUCCGGAAAGCCUCCUGUUCCAGAACGUAACGCCGAACUCCUUUCCAAAAUGAAUAAUAAGAGAGUUCCACCGCCACCUCCACCGCGUACUAGCUCGCGGAGCCCCUUGGCUAGUCCCACUAGUCCCCAUGUUCCCCAACAUCGAGGUCAUCAACAGCAAGCUUCUGUAACGCUUUCCGACUGCGAACAGCAACACCGAACAUCGGAGGGCACUGAUUCCGGCAGUGAAUCGGUUUGCUCUGACAAUUCUCAGCGACAGCUUGCACUAGAGCUUCGUCAUCAAGAGCUGCUCAAGAAACAGCGCCAACUGCAAGAACAAUACCAACGCUUACAGCAGAUGAGUAAAAAUGCAGUUCCACUAGCACCUGGUUCGAUAGGUCAUGACAUCAAAAAGACGGGAAGCGAAUCGAAUCUUUCGCUCAAAAUGAGCUACAAUAUGGCUGUCAGCGGAUCGAUGAAGAAUAUCUGCGACGACACUAUCUCACUAGAAGCGGGUAGUGCUUCCGACAACAUCGAACAUCAGCUUCCUAACGAACGUGGUCAUACAAUCGACUCUAAUGUCGGUGAUGACGAGCUAAAUGGUAAAUUAGGAACACAUUCCUCACACUUAACCAAAACCACCAACAAAGUCUAUGAAACUGAUAUACUCUAAUGAACCAUUUGGAAAACAUGCUUUGAAGGAUCUACUUCUCAACUUUGACUGUCAAUUUUUUUUUUAAGUUAUUGAGUAUACAAUUUCUACGCUACUAUCCAAAAUCCAUUCAAAUUAUGUUUAACAUAGUUGCUACCGAUUAUUAGUCUCGAUUGGUCACCAAUUUCUUUAAUCAUCGUUUGCUCCAGCUACUAUAGUUUAAUAAUAUAUUUAUACUGUACUUUACUACUUAUAAUAUUUUGUCAAAAAUUAUCGAAUGUGGGGUCUUGAAUCAGUAAAAAUGCUCUGUAUCCACAUUUGAAACAUGCAGUUAAAUGUGCUCUAUAACCAACUAGACACAAGUAUCUCUUCCAACGCCGCCACAAAUAGGAAAUAAAACUAGUUCCACUAUAAACAACACAUGAAAACAAUAGAAAAGUUUUGAUAAACACAUGACAUCAAAUGGUGCUUCUAUCAGGUAGAAGCUAAAUAAAACGGAUGUAAGUUAGUUUUUUCGUGGUUAGUGUCGAAAUGUUGUUCCCCAAACGUAGCCACUGCAAAAAAAGGAAAACCACGUAAUAACCACCAUUGGCGUUAUUACUAAUUAAUAACUCUCAUAAAAAAAACUCUGCGAAAAAUGACCCCGCAGUUGCAAGUAUGCAAGUACUUUGUAUAUGCAUCAAACUAAAUACAAGCACACACGCUGACACAAACGUACUACUAGCAUUUAUUGAAAAGUUACAUCUGAACGAUAAGUUAUAUCUGAAAAAAGACGGUAACUUUGUUUAUCCAACUACAAAAAGCUAUAUACGUUCAAUAAACUGUCCGCAAACAACAGUACAGAGAUCAUCAUUGCCUACAUAACAAUAUAUCAGCUAUAGCCCGCACCCAAUAAACGCGUGUUCAACAUACGAAAUACCGUUACCCACGCGAGCUGUAUACUAGUCGAGAUAGUACACAAUUGUGGGCUCGAGAAUCGUGAUACUUGCUAUUUUGUUCUCUGGUUGUACAGUACCUCUAUGCAAUGGAAGGCGUUUUUCAACUAAUCAAAAUGGAAUGCCUAUAGAUGGUAAUAAAAUUAUAAUCCAAAUUUUAUAAGAACCUAGCCAAAUAAAUUACCUUCUAAGCCAUUCGUGAACAACCGACUCAUAACUACAAAACAUACUCGCACGAGUUUGAUUGUAUUUAGUGGAAUCAGCAGAACAUAUGUCAUGGCAAAUAAGGAACUUUGCACCGUACGUUCACUGAAUUUGUUAAUCAGCUUUAAGCGUAAGCACGAUUGUAUCUUCCUUAUGAAAAGAAAAAAAAAGACACAAAACAUGACACAAACGCAGAAAAACACACAUAUUUAGAACAAUGGAAUCUUUAUAUUUCGGUUAGAAUGCGUAAAAAUCAACAAUCAUCAUUAUCGUGCAUCCUAAAUUCCUGAACUCCUGAGUGCAUCAAAUGUUAACCUUAACUGAUUUAAAAUUUAUGUAAUUAGAAAAGUAUGUGCGAUUGUAACGAAAGUUAAUUGAGUUUGUUGGGCUAUAAGUCUUUUCGUAAAGACUUUAAUGUAAACAAUGGGUACACUAGAAAUGGUAUCUAGAAUACUUAAUUACGCAGCAGAUGCUAAAAAUAGGCAUCCAAAAGUGCACCACGUCGUCAUUCGUUUCUUUUUUUCGGGCUGAGGCCUGAAAUCAAAAUUAAUGAUAAGGUUAAGAUAACAAAAUAGCAUGUAAUCACGUGCUCACAUUGUUUUAUGAAGUCGUUUGAAACUAUUACUUCAGUAUCGUGUGAUAGAAAGUUAUGCUUCGAACAGGCCACAAAGAGAGAUUAGAGCGCUUUGUAGAGAAUCGAAAAAUGUGCCACAUCUGGAUAGAGAUUUAAAACAUGAAAGCGCAAUGGUUGUUUUAAAUACCAUUAACAAUAGCUCACUUUUGAUAGUUUCUCGAGAGUUACGAACAUUUUAAUGCAUAAUAGCAUAAUAGUACUUAUAAGCAAAAGCCGCAAAAAGGUGACCGAAUCAUCGACGAUCAUUUACUUGGCCGAUCCAAAAUCUAAGGGCCGUGAACAUGUCGAGCCACUUUAAGCCCUUUAUGUGCAAAUUGCGACCGAGACGAAAGUGCUUACAAAAAUUGGAGGUACGUCAAUGAAAAGUGCAAAAAAAUAGAAAAGGGAUUUUCGUGGUUAGUUAGUUAACUAAAAAUCACAUACAUUAUACGUUGCGCACGCAACAAACUUCACCUCCGGUUUGUGUCAUUGAAUUAUUGUGUCAAUCGUCAUUUGUAAUGUUGGAUUUUUUCUACAAGAGAAGCAUCACAUAUUAUCCAUUUUUAUUAUAAAAUAAUAAAGGAUCUUCCAUAUGAAAAACG